GCACUUCCUCUGUCCCGUGACUUGUUUAAAACCAUACAGUCUGAGUCUAUGGUUUAAACAAAUUGAGAGGCAGGCGGUACAGUCCCAGCCAUGAUGCAGCAUGAAGAAUACGCGAUCAUAACCUCUCGGUGCAUCGUUACAUAAUAUAUUUCUGUUUUCAUUAGGUCUUGCUGUCUGUUGUUCAUAUCAAGAUCCACAGCGCGCUCUUCAUCCGUCAUGUCCCGGGGGUUUGAUCACGAGAUCUGAGGCUGCAACGAAAACUUUCUACCUGCGAAGCUUUAAAGAAACGAAACCAACUCGACAAGAUGCUGUGAUGAAACAUAUCGGUUUCAGGACAUCCUGCAUCCACAUUGUCAAAACGAGUAGUUUGGUUUCCUUGUGGUUUGUUUAGUUUCUUCCUGAAAGCGGAAGUUGCUUACCGCUUUCAGAUUGGCGUCGCCACAGUUGUUCCUAAGGAUAGACCAUGGCAAACGAGCACUCCCCUCUUCUUGUUCAUGGGGUGUACAGCAUGAUGGGUGAUGCUGAAGAUUCCAGGGGUGGCUCAGCAGUGACAGGACAGGGAUCCCCCGAAUCAAACCCCCGCAAACUCAACACCUUCUUUGGCGUCAUGGUGCCCACCAUCCUCUCCAUGUUCAGUAUUGUGCUCUUUCUUCGCACAGGUUUUGUAGUGGGUCAUGCAGGUCUUCUCCAUGGUCUCCUCAUGCUGUUUGUGGCCUACUUCAUCAUCUCGUUGACAAUCCUGUCUAUAUGUGCUAUUUCAACUAAUGGAGCAGUGGAAGGGGGCGGGGCCUACUUCAUGAUCAGUCGUUCUCUGGGACCAGAGUUUGGAGGCAGUAUUGGCCUGAUGUUUUACUUGGCGAAGGUAUGUGCAUGUGGUGUUUAUGUACUCGGACUGGUGGAGGCCAUACUGGACAUCUUUGGGAGGGAUCCAGGCUCUGCUGUGUCACAAGGGCUGCGUGUGUUGCCGCAGGGUUACUGGUACACUGUGUUGUACUCCUCUCUUGUGCUGUUGCUAUGUCUGGUGGUGUGUCUGGUUGGUGCUCAUAUCUACGCCAAAGCCUCUUUCAUCAUUCUGCUUGUGGUGACGAUGUCACUGAUCUCUAUCGUCAUCAGCCCCCUGAUAGUCAGUCCACACCGCUUCAACAUCACACACACAUACGGCAACAACCACACGGUCACCGUCAACCCCAGCUACACAGGAUUCAACGGCACUACAUUAAAAAACAACCUCGGACCGCAGUACUCUCUGGAUUACAGUACCAACACAAUGAUGUCUUUCGCCACUGUAUUUGCUGUGAUGUUCACCAGCUGCACAGGCAUCAUGGCAGGAGCCAACAUGUCGGGUGAGCUGAAGAACCCCAGUGAGGCGAUACCUAAAGGGACCAUCAUAGCUGUGUCAUACACCUUCACUGUUUAUCUGCUUCUCUUCCUGCUCCUGAGCUCUACCUGUGACAGGUUGUUGUUAAUCAAUGAUUACGCAGUGUUUCAGCGGGUGAACGUGUGGCCUCCGUUCGUGAUGAUUGGGGUGUACUGUGCAUCUCUCUCAGCUGCUAUGUGCUCCAUGAUAGGAGCUUCUCGAAUCCUCCAUGCGCUUGCUCUGGACCAGCUUUUUGGUCUGCCUCUGGCUCCGGCCGCUGUAACCUCCAGCUCUGGGAACCCGUGGGUGUCUGUGCUCUACACCUGGGGUCUGGUGCAGUGCACACUGUUUGCAGGACAACUGAAUGUGAUUGCUGGUAUUGUGACAGUGUUUUACCUGUUAGCGUAUGCGGCGGUUGAUUUGGCUUGUCUGGCUCUGGAAUGGGCCUCAGCUCCAAACUUCAGGCCAACAUUUCAGUUUUUCUCAUGGCACACAUGUUUGUUGGGUAUUAUAAGCUGUGUGGUAAUGAUGUUCGUGAUAAACCCAGUGUAUUCCUCAGCCAGUAUUGCACUGCUGCUGCUCCUCCUCCUGAUCCUGCACUACCGCUCUCCCACCAGCAGCUGGGGCUACAUCAGUCAAGCGCUGAUCUUCCAUCAGGUGAGGAAGUACCUUCUGAUGUUAGACUCCCGUAAGGAUCAUGUAAAGUUCUGGCGGCCUCAGGUCUUACUGAUGGUGGCGAACCCACGCUCCUCCUGUCAGCUCAUCUGCUUUGUCAACCAGCUAAAGAAAGGAGGGCUGUUUGUUCUUGGGCAUGUGCAGAUUGGAGAUCUGGAUGUGUUGCCAGCAGACCCGGUGCAGCCGCAGUAUAAUUUCUGGUUGAGUCUAGUGGAUAAGUUGGGUGUGAAGGCCUUUGUGGAUCUGACUCUCUCUCCAUCUGUCAGGCAGGGCACCCAGCAUCUGCUCCGCAUCACUGGACUAGGAGGCAUGAAGCCUAAUACCCUGGUCUUGGGCUUCUAUGACAACUGCUAUCCAGAGGACUACUUCCUGCAGGACCCUGUCUUUUGCAAGGGUGAUAGGGGUGAGGGGGAUAAUUUUGGGGUGGACCUUCCAUCCUUACAGGCUCACUUUCCACCCGUGCGCCAUGCCGAGAGCCCUCGCGCUCUGCAGCCCGAGGAAUACGUGAGCAUCAUCUGUGAUGCCAUAAAAAUGGGCAAGAACGUUUGUUUAGCCCGCUACUUUUUCCAGUUGCCGCCUGACAGCAAAGGCAGGGGAAAUGACAAUGUGGACACCAUUGAUGUGUGGCCGACUAACCUACUGUCUCCAGGCAGUGCAAGUUACGCAGACGUGUCCAGUCUUUUCCUGCUUCAGAUGGCAUGUGUGUUAAACAUGGCCAACAGGUGGCGCCGUGCCAGGUUACGCAUAUUUGUCUGUGUGGCAUCAGGGUCAGGAGACCAGGGCUGGCUGGCCAAUGAGGAGCAGUUUAGAGAGUUGCUGGGAAUGCUUAGGAUUCGUGCCGCUAUUAAGAUUGUGGCGUGUGAUAACGUGGCAUGCAUGUUUAGAGGGCCAAAUUCAGAGGGUCAAAAAGUGCCAGAGGAUUUCUUGUGUACCAUGAACGGCUUGCUGAGGGAACACAGCUCUACGGCAGCAGUCCGCUUCCUGUAUUUGCCCCACCCUCCCUCCAGUUCUGUGCUUUCACAGCAGUACCUGACGCAGCUGGAUACGCUGACGCGAGACCUGGGCCCGACUCUCUUGAUUCACGGGGUCACACCGGUCACAUGUACUGAACUCUGAGAAACAAUAACCAAAACAUGUUUG